AUGUCCACGGCAAGGCUUAACCGGGACCCAGCUUGUAACUCGCUCAGCACAGAGCGUGACACGGGGAAAGCUCCCCGCAAGCGGCAGGAUAAAGCUCUCGGCGCCGCCCUCCGCCUCUUGCCGCAUCUCGGGCGGAGCCCCCACCUUCACGCCCGGCACAGAACGGGUGCGGGGCUGAGCCACGGCCGGCCCGGGGGAGCCGGAGGGGCGGGGCCGCCGUGUCCGCUCCCCCUCCCCGCCCGCCAGCCGCCUUCUCCUCCUCUAGCCGCCCGGGCUCAGAGCGGCGGCAGCAGCGGCCGCGGCAACAGCUCCGGCUCCGGCUCCGGCUCCUGCGGGUUCGGCCCGGUUCGGCACCGCGUUCCCGGGCCCCGCGCCCCGACCCCGCCGCUGCGCCUGCUGGGGGCCUCGGGAGCCCCCGCCGCCCGCCUCACGCUGAAGUUCCUGGCCGUGCUGCUGGCCGCGGGCAUGCUGGCGUUCCUCGGUGCCGUCAUAUGCAUCAUCGCCAGCGUGCCCCUGGCGGCCAGCCCGGCGCGGGCGCUGCCCGGAGGAGCCGACAACGCCUCGGCCGCCUCGGGCGCCGCCACCGCGUCCCAGGGUCCGCAGCGCAGCCUGAGCGCGCUGCACGGCGCUGGGGGCUCGGCUCGGCCCCCUGCACUGCCCGGGGCGCCGGCGGCCAGCGCGCACCCGAUGCCUCCCGUGCCCCUCUUCAGCCGCUUCCUGUGCACGCCGCUGGCGGCCGCCUGCCCGUCGGGGGUUGAGCAGGGCGACGCGGCACCCGGCGAGCGCGAGGAGCUGCUGCUGCUGCAGAGCACGGCGGAGCAGCUGCGCCAGACGGCGCUGCAGCAGGAGGCGCGCAUCCGCGCGGACCAGGACACCAUCCGCGAGCUCACAAGCAAGCUGGGCCGCUGCGAGAGCGGCCUGCCGCGCGGCCUCCAGGACGCCGGGCCUCGCCGCGACACCAUGGCGGACGGGCCGUGGGACUCGCCCGCGCUAAUCCUCGAGCUGGAGGACGCUGUGCGCGCCCUCCGGGACCGCAUCGACCGCAUCGAGCAGGAGCUUCCAGCCCGUGUGAACUUCUCAGCUGCCCCCGCCCCCGCCCCUGCGGUGCCCACCGCCCUGCACUCCAAGAUGGACGAGCUGGAGGGGCAGCUGCUGGCCAAGGUGCUGGCGCUGGAGAAGGAGCGCGUGGCCCUCAGUCACAGCAGCCACCGGCAGCGGCAGGAGGUGGAAAAGGAGUUGGACACCCUGCAGGACCGCAUAGCCGAACUGGAGCACGGGUCCUCGGCCUACAGCCCCCCCGAUGCCUUCAAGAUCAGCAUCCCCAUCCGGAACAACUACAUGUAUGCCCGCGUGCGGAAGGCGCUUCCUGAGCUCUACGCCUUCACCGCCUGCGUGUGGCUGCGGUCCAGGUCGGGCGGCACUGGCCAGGGCACCCCCUUCUCCUACUCAGUGCCGGGACAGGCCAACGAGAUUGUGCUGCUGGAGGCGGGCCAUGACCCCAUGGAGCUGCUGAUCAACGACAAGGUGGCCCAGCUGCCCCUGAGCCUGAAGGACAAUGGCUGGCACCACAUCUGCAUUGCCUGGACCACAAGGGAUGGCCUGUGGUCUGCCUACCAGGACGGGGAGCUGCGGGGCUCCGGUGAGAACCUGGCUGCCUGGCACCCCAUCAAGCCUCAUGGGAUCCUUAUCCUGGGCCAAGAGCAGGAUACCUUGGGCGGCCGGUUUGAUGCUACCCAAGCCUUCGUGGGUGACAUUGCCCAGUUUAACCUGUGGGACCACGCCCUGACACCUGCCCAGGUCCUGGGCAUUGCCAACUGUACUGGGCCACUGCUGGGCAACGUCCUCCCCUGGGAAGACAAGCUGGUGGAGGCCUUCGGGGGUGCAACAAAGACCACCUUCGAUGUCUGCAAGGGGAGGGCUAAGGCAUGAGGGGCUACCUCAUCCAGGCCCCCCCUUGCCUGCCCAUUUGGGGACCUUACAGGAGGGGGGGCACGUUCCCUCCUCAGCCUACCCACACUGCCCCCCUCGCCCCCCCGCCUCACUCCUGGCCAUGCCUCUCAUUUCCCCACCUACACCCAUACCUCCUGAAUGCCCUGCCCUGCGAUGCCUGUCCCCUGAUCCCACUUGGAUGGGGACAAGCAGCUCAAGUCAACAGGUCAUGCCUGGGGUGAGUCCAGGGCCUUACGGGGGUGGGUAGCAGUGCCCAUGGCUCUGCCCACCCUCCUGGUGUUGUAACAGCACCAUCUCUUACCCCCACCACACCCUGUUCCAUCAACCACACCUGAUUCCACGGAUCUCAACAGCAUCUCCCAUGGGGUAGUGUAUGGGGGAAGGGCCCCUAUCUCAGUGGCAGGGGCGGGCCAUCUGUCCACCCCGACCCCCAUGCAAUAGGCCUGGCCCCUCCCCCUUCGGGGCCACAACAGUCUGUGUAGCUGUUUCCCCAGCUGAGAAGAGACAUAGGAGACUCAGACUCACCCCUCCUCCAUCUGUCCACCAGCUGACAGUCAAGGGCAGUGGGCUCUUGAUGGAGCCUCUCCCCCACAUCCCCACCCCACCCACACCCACACCCACACCCUCUGUCUUCCCCCUCUUUCCUCGUUUCUUUGUGUGCAGCGGGUUGAGUGUUGGUUCCAUGCCUAUCCCAGCCCCACCUCAAUUUCCAGGACAUUCCCUUCCUCCCCGCCCCCCCCCCCAGCUCUGGCCUGGAGAGUUAGGGACCAAGACCCCAGGAGGCCAAAGGGCCAUAAUCACCCCUUGUGCCCACCCACCGCUGUGCCCACUGCUGGCAUGGUCACCUCUGUGGCCAGGACAAGGCCUGGGCCGCUGAGCUGGGAGCAGCAUGAGGCAGAGGCACUGUGCCCCAGAGGACCCAGGCUCUGGCAGAGCCACGUCACCUAUACCCUCUGCAUGGCUCUGCAGCCUCUGGGGAAGGAAGGGAGCUGAGUGAGCAGGGAGAAGCAUGGAGUGUGUGCAGAGCACUGAGUACGGAGGAGGGGCCUCUGGCUCCUAGCCAGCCCGGGCCUUCUAUAAGUCCCUGCCCUCUCUGGGCCGGCCUUCCUCAUUUGUGAACUGAGGCCUUUGCUUUGGUUAUUCCUGAGCUCUUCAGACCAAAGGUGAGAUGGUCUGUGAUUCCAGGUGGAUAAGAUGGGCAAGGCUGAGGACUUCCCUCGGGACUGAGGGGCAGAGCAGGGAUAGGUCCUAGGACUGGGCCGCAGGUGGGAUCUGGCUAGGCACGGGUCACAAUCAGCAGUGGCUACAGAGUCAGGCAAGGGCAAGAGGCAAAGCAGACUGACCUCAUGCACAGAUUAUAAAAUCAGCUUUUCUGGAUCCCCCCAGCCUGGUACUCUCGCCUGUCUGAGCGUGUCUCAAAGGCUGGUGGCUCCCUGGUCCCCACGCUUAAGUCUUCACCAGCUCCCCCAAGAGAGUGGAAGAAUGUCAGAGCUGAGAAAGCCACCCAGUCUGACUCCUUACUUGUACAGAUAGGGAAGAACUCAGAGAGGGCAAAUGACGCCCAGGAUCACACCGCACAAUGGGGCAGAGCCAGGAAUGGAAAGCACCCAGGACUCGGACUCCCUCCUCAGUGUUCUCCUCCCCAUACCGUACCGCCUAUGAGGGUCUCUGAGCCCAGCCUACACCUAGAGGAUGGACAUUUGAGAGGUCAGAAUGCUUUUCAACAUGACCACUGGAAUAUCCUCCUUUAUGAAACACACGUCUUAGCAUCCCCUCUCUCCUGGGAGGUGUGACCCCCAGGCACUCUGGCAGGAAUGGAAAGCUGAGAACACAGGUGUCUGGGCAGCUGCAGGCUACCGGACUCGAGUGGGCUCUGGUGCUUUUUGUCCUCCUUUUUGUUCCCUGCCUCUGCCCCCCAUGGUCGCUUAGUCUGAGGCCUAGUACAAGAGCUGCAGGCUGUGGGCCCGUGCUACGGAGGUUUCUCUGAGAUGCUGCCUCCAGCCCCCACAUCCAUUUCCAUUUCAAGAGCACCUCCGGCCCAAGUCCCCCUAGAAGAACCUAUAAGAAGGAGCAAUGGCGUGCUUCAGCCAGAACCUGUUGAGAUCUAGGUUGCCCUGGUAACAGCCAAUGACAUCAACCCAAGUGCUGGGUCAAGCAUCUCAUACACUGUUGCUGGGGUGAUGGCAGAAUUUGGAACUUAGAUUUCAGGGACACUGGACACUGGGCUUUAUUAGGUUUCUAUUUUUGUUUUUUAAGGAAGCAGCUUUUGUGGAGGCCUUGGGGAAAAUGGGGGGAGGGGGCAUUACAGGACUUGUUCAUUCACUUGAGCUCAUCCAGGCAUUGUCCGGAGUCCUUUAUGCUUUGUUAUGGUGAUGAUGAGACUUCUGACGUUUGUGCUGAAUGAUCUUAGCCCUCCAAAGAGAACAGGAACAAGUUGGAGAUGUUGGAGUGUAGGCUCUGAGUCUGGACCAUUGAUGAGUGGCCUGGACCCCCAUUUCCAUUCCAGGAAAAUGCAAACCCCAAAGUCCCCAUCACUCCUUCAUCCAUUUGCCAGGUGCCUGCUGUUUGGACUCCAGCUUUGAUCUUCAGCUGCUCCAGGGCACAGCCGAGAAGACAGGGGAAGAAGGUCUAGAGAUGGUGCUGGGGUGCGUCCCUGAGCCGCUCCUAUCUAAUAGCAAUGCUGGAGCCCAUGUUUAUUUUACAUCCUUUAUAAGUGUCAGGCACUGUGCUCAGCGCUCCAUGGGCAUCAUGUCGUUUAUCCUCACAACACAGUUAGUUAUAAACUAGGACUAUUCUUAGCCCUAUUGGAUACAGAAGGAAACCGGGGCACAGAGAGGUUAAGUAACCUGCCCAGUAUCAAUCAGCCAGCAAGUGAUGGAGCCCAGAGUUCAAACCAAGGCAGGUUACAUUGAGGGCCCACCCCUCAGCCCAAGGGGACAGUCACCCCCACUCUGUGGAGUGGCAUUUGGGCAUCAUUGCUCCUGGUGUGUUUUGGCCUGAACGGAUGUGCCUAACCCCAUUCACCACCCCACAGAGUUUGAGGUGGAGGAACAGAGGCAUGGGAUGGGCCAGCCCCAGGGCAAGGGUCCCUUUGGGUGAGGCUGUGGGAGGGAUCUCAGUCCCUUCAGGAAAUGCGUCCCUCUGCAGUGUGCCCACCACUUCAGCCCUUCUCUACUGGCUAGAGCUUCCAGGAAAGCGGAAAGGGAAGGUGGACUGUCUCCCAAGAGCUCCAGGCCAGGGAGGGGUGGAAACAUGUCAGACUCCUGCUUCGGGCCAAGCCCCGCCCCAGGUGCUUUGCAGCUCUUAUCUGCCAGAUUUUCCCACCUUUGUGGCAUGUUGUGUCCCUAGUCAACCUCCCAAGGGGACAGAUCACCUUGCCACAAUUGUAUAUGACCUCGGACCACAGAUUUCUACAGAAGGGCGCUUAGAGGGGGUCAAAGCCCUCGUUUUAUAGAUGACACGAGGGCCCAUGGAACGUGGUUGGCCCCAAGGGACACCAGGAGACCUGAACCCAGCCUGCUGACUGUUCAGUGCUCUCUGCUGCGCAGUGGCCCUCUCUCCCUCCUCCCAGAGACGGGAUCAUUUUCUCCGCCCCCUUUAUCUCAGCUGCCUGCCACCCCAAACCCCACAUCCCCCAUGACCCUUGACCCCUGACCCUGCUGAGUGGAGACGGGCCUCACGUGGACCCAGGCUGAACAGCGAGCAAGCAUGUCUAGCUGUUGGACACUGAAAUGAGUACACCCUACUGGCAACCCACCCCCCUCUUCUCCUCGCCUGAUUUUGUACAUACUGUGACAUGAGAUACAAUGUAUGUGUAUGUGGGUGUGUAUGUGGGUGUGGGUGUGUAUGAUAUGUCAUGGAUUUUGUUACUUUUUUGUUUUUGUAAAGUUGAAUGUUCACAAUAAACAUGAUGUUUACUCUGAG